AUGGAUAAUGGUCAGUUGGGUGGUGUUGUUUUCCUUGAUAUUAGAAAAGCUUUUGAUUCUAUUGAUCAUACAAUCUUAUUGCAAAAGAUGAAUGAUCAAUUUGGAAUAAAAAAUGUGGAACUGGAUUGGUUUAAGUCCUAUCUAACUAAUAGAGAGCAAGCAUGCAUUGUCAACGGUGCAAUGUCAUCACCUAAAACGAUUGUGUGCGGAGUUCCGCAGGGAUCAAUUCUUGGUCCCUUGCUGUUUUUAUUAUAUAUUAAUGAUUUACCCGAAUGCCUCGAAAAAACUUCGCCACACCUAUACGCUGAUGAUACUCAAAUUUAUACUUCUGCCAAAACUAUUGAGGAACUUACUGAAAAUCUAAAUAAUGACCUGAAAAAAGUCGGUGAGUGGCUUGCUCGAAAUAAACUGCAACACCACCCAACUAAGACCAAAUUAAUGUAUAUCGGUUCAAAGUAUAAUACUGAUACUAUGACUUAUUAUUAUUAUUAUUAUUAUUAUUAUUGUAUUAUUAUUAUUAUUAAUAAUCAAUUGAUAAAAUUACAUAUCAAGUGUUACAAUUUAAAUUAUUUUAAAAUAUAUUACAAGUUUUUAACAUUAAAAAAAAUUUUUUAGGUUAUAUUAGAGUUGCAAAGCUAAAUUAUAUCUAAAAAUACAUCUAUUGAUAAAACUAUUUUUAAAACGCUCGGUAGAAAUCUUUGGCCACUGUGCCUCUUGUGUUCUAAGUUUUACUGUAUAUUCUUUAAUUUUUGGACAAAUUUCUCUUAACGGAUGAUUGUUUUGUUUACACAGCUUUUCAAACAGCUUUCUAUCUGUCUGCUCUAACAGUAUAUUAAUAUCUAUUUGUUCUGAUGUGUAUCUUCUUUUAUAACAACGAGUUAAGAAGUUUUGAAUAGUUGUUAACUCCGGUGGUGAUGCAGCAAUUACUGAUAAGCCAUAGGUGAGUUGUGACAGGACCAGUGACCUAAAAAGAAGAUCUAAUUCGUCUUGACUAUAUCCUUCAUUCCUCAGCUUUCGAAUUACAAACAAGCAUUUAUUUGCUUUCACCAACUUUUUCUUAACACAUUUCUCAAAUCUGCUUGUCAUUUCAAAGGUUAGCCCCAGUAUUUCAAGACUAGAGUGCCGUUCAAAACCAUCAAUUGGUCAUACACAAUCCUCUGAUCGUCCUUUCUUUAAUAUAAUCAUUUCUUUACAUUUACCCUCAUUUAAAGGUAAAGAGUUUGAUUCGGACCAGUCCUUAAAUUCAUCUAUGGCUUUAGAACUACAAUCUUGG